AUGUCGGGUAGUGAGGGUGGCAUUUACGAACCACUACUUCCGCCGCUUCAAGAUAUCACGGCCACCAAUCGAGGUCCUGUCGCACUGGCCACCGCAGUCACGCUCCUGAUCAUCUCCACGUUGACAGUCGUCGUCAAGCUCUGGACUAGGUUUGCCACCACCCGAAACUUUGGCUUGAACGAUGCGGCCAUUGUAGUAUCAAUUGUGUUUGCGUUCGGCCAGGCGAUAACUUUGGCAGUUGCCACGGACCAUGGCCUGGGCCGACAUGUUGAGGAUCUCCAGGAUUCCGAAAUUGCCGAGUUGAGCAAGCUGUUCUUCGCCUCCAACAUUCUUCUCAUUCUAGCAUUAGCCGGCGCCAAAGCAGCAGUGACUCUGCUCGUCAUUGCGAUCAAACCUCUCCGCUUUGUGAUGUUGGCUUGCUAUGCGAUGCUGGGGCUCAUUGCUGUGUGGGCGGUAGCCGGCGUCUUUGUACUGGGUUUUCAGUGCUCUGGGCCAGAUCGUUGGGUACUCGGCCCGAGCUCGGGUCCAGAGACCUGCAUCGACCAGUACGCAAUGCAGGUAGCGCUGAGGACUGUCGAUAUCGCAACCGACGUGGGGAUCGUUCUCUUGCCUGCGGUCAUGAUGCGGUCAGUGCAGGUCUCGGCUACGAAGCGCUGGGUGGUGGUUCUGCUGUUUGCAAUCAGACUUAUCACGCCCGUAUUCACAGCAGUCUCCAUCGUCGCGUACGACAACUUCUACCAUUCGAACCCGCAGGAUCGGCCCUGGCACGCAGUCGUGCCCUCUGUUUGGACCUCCUGUGCUCUAAACCUGUCCAUCGUUACGGCGUGCAUUCCCUCGAUCAAACGCUUCCUCGCUGAUUGGGCGGCCGGUCUCAGUGCUAUCACCAUAUCUGAGCCUUUUGAAUUGGAGCAUUCCAGCGGCAAGACUGGCCUAGGAAAUAGCAACACAUAUGCCAUGGGCAGCGGAAUGGGGAGCAAACUUGCCACAAAAUUGGGGUUGUCCUCUACAAGCAAGGCAGAGAUCACCUCAACUGUGCGCAGCCGCCAUGAUCCGGACGAUGAUGAAGUCCUGAGGGACAACACCGCGAGGAAUCGGUCGCGCGGUGCUGGCAACCGACAACCCGACAGCACGUCGGAUAGCGUCAAGGGCCUUACAGACGGCGUCAUCAUGCACUCAAUCGAUUACCGAGUCGAGUAUGAAGACCAGACGACUGACAAUCGCGACUGGAGUAGCCGCAGCAGCGGGGGUCGGUAA